AAGAGUUUAUUAGAGAAGCAGUAUGCUCCACGUCGCGCCCAUUGGCAUUCACCACUCAGCAAAAAGCAACGUACCCCUGGCCCUAACCCCCACCAACCCCCGCUACCGAGUUCCGUUGCAAAAGUGAAAACGCACUACAAAAUCAAUAGAGAUCGGAUGCACCUUCAGCAACCAUAACUCGAACAAUACAGCCAUGCGAGUCACGGUAUCAGCAACCACUCCGGUUCUUCCUUCUCGGCCCACCUUCGCUCACAACCAUGUCCUCUUUCUUUCUCCUCUCGACACAGAUCCCAAUCUCCGUGUCAAUUUUCGUUACCUUCGGGCCUAUGUUUCCACCAACACCCCCCAAUCUCCUUCCCCUGAUCCCUUCGACGUCAUUGCCACUGCCCUCUCCUCCGCCCUUCUCCAUUACUAUCCCCUCGCCGGAACUCUUCGUCGUCACAGCCACCGUCUCGAGCUGUUCUGUGCACACGGUCAAGGCGUCCCUCUCAUUCGCGCCACUGUGGACUGUGAACUCGCGUCCGUUGAUUACCUCGAUAACCCGGAUGAAACUUUUGUGGAACAGUUGGUGCCCGAUCCGGACGAGAAUGAGGGGCUGAAUCACCCUUGUAUUCUACAAGUUACGCUCUUCGAAUGUGGUGGGUUCACUCUUGGAGCUUCCAUUCAUCAUUCUGUGUGCGAUGGACUUGGAGCAACUCAGUUUUUCAAUGCUGUGGCUGAAUUGGCUCGUGGAGCGAGGACGGUCUCGAUCGAGCCAGUCUGGGAUAGAGCAAAUUUGCUGGGCCCGAGGAAUCUGCCCCGAAUUGAGGCACCAAUCGGGGAAUUUUUGAGUUUAGAACAUGGAAAUUUACCCUACAGUCAAGAAGUUGGAGAGGUGGUGAGAGAGUGCUUCCCUGUUUCGGACGAUCAAUUGGAGAAGUUCAAAAGCAUUUUGUUCAAACAGUCUGGUUCUCGAUUCACCGCCUUUGAAGCCUUGGGUGCAUAUAUAUGGCGGGCCAAAGUAAAAGCCUCGGCAAUUGCAGGGAGUGAGAAAGUGAAAUUCGUGUAUUCAACGAACAUCCGUAAACAACUAAAACCGCCGUUGCCAGUGGGUUACUGGGGGAACGGUUGUGUUCCAAUUUACGUUACAGUCACUGCGGAGGAGCUCAGAGAGCAGCCCAUUUGGGAGACGGCGAUGAAGAUCCAGAAGAGCAAAAUCAAUAUAAAUGAUGGGUAUGUUCGGUCGUUCGUGGACUUCCAAGAGAUUCAUCGUGAGGAUGGAAUCACGGGGGGGAAAGAGGUGAGUGCGUUCACAGACUGGAGACAUUUGGGGCAUUCGACGGUGGAUUUUGGCUGGGGAGGUCCGGUUACGGUGUUGCCGGUUUCUCGUUUCCUUCUCGGAAGCGUAGAGCCUUGCUUUUUCUUGCCUCAUUCUUGUGCAACUUCAAGUGAGGCUGGUUUUAAGGUCUCCGUCACUUUGAGAAAAACCGCGAUGCCUUCUUUUAGGGAGGAGAUGAAGAAAUUCGGUGCUGAUCAUUUCGGGGUUGUUGACCUAAAUUCGCGACACUAAAUUAACGGAAUAAUAUAAAAGAAUUUCAGAAUAAUUUUUUUAUUUUGAUUUACUUU